GUUUACUGAUGUUCCUCUCAGCACUGUGACCUAACCAUGGGCUGUCAUCUUCCAGGUGCAAACUGCUCACUGAGCCCCAUCGACCUGGAGUUCAUCAUUGACGGCUCUGGGAGUAUCGCGAGGAAUGAGUUCUUGCAGCUGAAGACGUUUCUAAUCAAGAUGAUUGAGUUCUUCAAUGUGGGGCCCAAGGCCACGAGGUUGGGGCUGAUCCAGUACUCCAACAGCAUCCAGAACGUCUUCUCCCUGAAGACCUACCAGAACAAAGCGGACAUGAUCAAUAGCAUCAGAAAAGUCAAACAAUUGAGGGGCGGAACCCGGACCGGUUUAGCCAUCAAGUACAUUGUGGACACUGCCUUCACCGAGGCACAGGGAGCCCGGCCCCCAGGGAAACACAUCCCCAGGGUGGCCGUCAUCGUGACGGACGGGCGGCCCCAGGACAGUGUCACUGAGGUGGCGGCCAGGGCACGGAAAGCCGGCAUUGAGAUCUACUCAGUGGGGGUGGGAUCAGCGGAUGUCAAUUCCCUCCGUGUCAUGGCCUCUCCCCCGCUUCAACACCACGUCUUCACGCUGAAGACCUUUAAACUGAUUGAACAGUUCGAUAAGACCUUCCGGGAAAAGUUGUGCAAUCAGGACCCGUGUGCUCAAGGGAAGCACGGAUGUCAGCAGCUGUGUGUGAGAACCCCCGGAUCCUAUCACUGUGACUGUCACAAGGGCUACACACUGAACCCGGACAAGACGACAUGCAAAGGUCACCGUCACUUCCUCUCCACAAACGGUUUCUUCUCCCGCUCCCUCACAGUCACCUGCGCUAAACCCCACAGCUCCAUUCUUGGCCACCGCCCCCCCCACCCACUCCUUUUCCUCGUUUACACGCUCCCUCUGGGUCACGUCAGCCGCAGACACGGUGUCAACUUCCACACAUAUGCGGAUGACACACAAAUCUACGUCUCCUCCUUCAGCUGCAACUCCAGUUUCCACCAAUGUGCUGUUGGCUUGUCUGACAGACAUCAAGCUGAGGACCUGUGCGCUCACGGGAAGCACGGAUGUCAGCAGCUGUGUGUGAAAACCCCCGGAUCCUAUCACUGUGACUGUCACAAGGGCUACACACUGAACCCGGACAAGACGACAUGCAAAGGUGCAAACUGCUCACUGAGCUCCAUCGACCUGGAGUUCAUCAUUGACGGCUCUGGGAGUAUCGCGAGCAAUGAGUUCUUGCAGCUGAAGACGUUUCUAAUCAAGAUGAUUGAGUUCUUCAAUGUGGGGCCCAAGGCCACGAGGUUGGGGCUGAUCCAGUACUCCAACAGCAUCCAGAACGUCUUCUCCCUGAAGACCUACCAGAACAAAGCGGACAUGAUCGAUAGCAUCAGAAAAGUCAAACAAUUGAGGGGCGGAACCCGGACCGGUUUAGCCAUCAAGUACAUUGUGGACACUGCCUUCACCGAGGCACAGGGAGCCCGGCCCCCAGGGAAACACAUCCCCAGGGUGGCCGUCAUCGUGACGGACGGGCGGCCCCAGGACAGUGUCACUGAGGUGGCGGCCAGGGCACGGAAAGCCGGCAUUGAGAUCUACUCAGUGGGGGUGGGAUCAGCGGAUGUCAAAUCCCUCCGAGCCAUGGCCUCUCCCCCGCUUCAACACCACGUCUUCACGCUGAAGACCUUUAAACUGAUUGAACAGUUCGAUAAGACCUUCCGGGAAAAGUUGUGCAAUCAGGACCCGUGUGCUCAAGGGAAGCACGGAUGUCAGCAGCUGUGUGUGAGAACCCCCGGAUCCUAUCACUGUGACUGUCACAAGGGCUACACACUGAACCCGGACAAGACGACAUGCAAAGGUCACCGUCACUUCCUCUCCACAAACGGUUUCUUCUCCCGCUCCCUCACAGUCACCUGCGCUAAACCCCACAGCUCCAUUCUUGGCCACCGCCCCCACCCCCCCACUCCUUUUCCUCGUUUACACGCUCCCUCUGGGUCACGUCAGCCGCAGACACGGUGUCAACUUCCACACAUAUGCGGAUGACACACAAAUCUACGUCUCCUCCUUCAGCUGCAACUCCAGUUUCCACCAAUGUGCUGUUGGCUUGUCUGACAGACAUCAAGGUCUGGAUGAGAGCAAACUCCCUGC